GAAGAAGAAGAAGAAGAAGAAAAGAUGGCGAUCUUCAGUGUGUAUCUAGUCAAUAAGGCUGGCGGACUCAUUUACCAGUAUGAUAAUUAUGUGCCUCGGGCUGAAGUGGAGAAAACCUUCAGCUUUCCUCUUGAUUUAGUAUUAAAGAUACACGAUGAGAAAGUCGUUGUUUCAUUCGGUCAGCGGGAUGGCAUUAGGGUGGGUCAUGCGGUUCUGUCAAUUAACGGGGUGGAUGUAAAUGGUAAAUGCACUGCGGAAGGCAAGGACAUACAAGAGUAUCUGAAAGAUCCCGCAAACUAUCCGGUGUCCAUCAGAUUCGGCAGACCUCGACUCUCUUCCAAUGAGAAACUCAUGCUGGCGUCAAUGUUUCACUCACUGUUUGCCAUUGGAUCACAGUUAUCACCUGAGGUUGGCAGCUCUGGUAUUGAAAUGCUGGAGACAGAUGUGUUUAAACUGCACUGCUUUCAGACACUCACAGGUAUAAAGUUCAUUGUAUUGGCAGACCCUCGGCAGUCCGGUAUUGAUGCUCUCUUAAGAAAGAUUUAUGAAAUCUACUCAGACUUUGCACUGAAGAAUCCUUUCUACUCUUUAGAGAUGCCUAUCAGAUGUGAGCUUUUUGACCAAAAUCUGAAGAGUGCCCUGGAAAUAGCAGAGAAAGCUGGUGCAUUUGGACCAGGCUCCUGAACUGAACAUAUAUGUUUUUUCAUCUAUCUGAUGGGAUUUCUAGAAUUUCUGUUAUCAACCUUGUCCUGAA